AUGGCGUACAUAAGAGCGAUUUUUAACUCUGCUGUCGAAACAAGUCUUUUGGAAUUGCUGGGAAUGUCGCGUCUAUUGAGCAAUGAGAAAGUCAAAGCAAUUUCUACACUGUCUCGCAUCAAGACAAGAUUUGCUUGCAGUACUGAAACGCUACCCCACUUUCACCUCAUGCCAUAAUGCUGCUUGUUCCAAUACGUUUUUCUCUCUGGUGCGUAGAUUAUGCUCUGGAGGGUUCUAUGUUUUGACUAAGCGAAUGUGAUUUUAGCCGUUUGUUUCACACUGAGAGGUCAUGACACGCUUGUUGAUUUCCUGUGGUUUUUGAAUUUCUGGUCGGCAUGAUUUGCCCUCCGAUGCAAAGAGCAUUUUCUUUGACCUCUUUCGAAACGUAAAGCUCUUUCUUGUGGCUCAACAGGUAAGGCUUUUAGGUCCUUUAUUUUUGUCCAAAGUGUCUCAGGAUCUAAAUAACCAAGCGAUUUUCGUCCAGUCCGUGAAUGUGAUGUUUUCCUGCAAUGUUGUAUCACGCUGGGCCCAGCUUGAUAGUUUUGUGUGCAAAAGCAUUUUCUUUGACCUCUUUUGAGGUCAAAAUAAGGCUACAUCAGGUUUUUAGGUUUUUUAAUUUUCUCCAAAAGAGAAAAGGAGAGAGACUUUCUUGAUUUGCCUGUAGUAGCCGACGUGGAACCUUCGAUCGAGGGUGACUUUGCUGCGCGCGAAUUUACACGCACGGAUUUUGAUUUUCUCCAUGCUGGGCUGGCUUUGUCCGACGUGUCAAGAGUAUGUUUGCUGCUCUUAAGCGGAGUACUUGCCGUGGAUGUAAUGGCAGCUUUAAUGAACUGGUAUAACUGGCCCAAGUUACAAAUUUUCCGACCACAUGGGUUACAGACCCGAUCAGAAUAUUGCAUGAAAAGAACAAACGGCGAUCCAACUUCUUUUCAAAUUUCGGGUGACACAACCCCAAAGCACUCCUUUUGUUUUGAUGGCCUGAACAGAUUUUCUGAAGAAGAAUGACCUUGCUUUCCAAGAUUGCUUCCAAAUUUAACUUUAAAAGAAAUCCUACAUAACCUACAAUAAUCACGGACACUCGAGUCAGACUACAAUACUCUCCUUCCCGUAAACAACUAGCAGCUUGCAUAAGGUACACUAAGGAUGUGUUUAUUUGUAUUUUAUCAGAACUGAAGGAAGCUUACGGUGCAAUAGUUCUUCGGUGUUGAUUGGUCGGCUACUCAUUUCUGGAACAGCGGUCAAACGCGACUAAUUAGUGGGUGUUGCUUAUUUUCACAGUGUUUUCGGGCAGGCGUUUUCUCUUCUCUCUCCCCGCCCCCUACCCCGCUCCUUUUGACUCGCCCCAUUUUCUCCCCUCUUUUCGAUUUCGCGAGGAAAACAUUCGCGCGCCCGAAGAAAACGCUUGCACUGCAGGCUAAAGCCAAACAAAAAACAAAAACAGCAACAUACAAACAAUCAAACCAAAAAAACAACAACUCAAAAACACACACACAGACACACACCCACACAAAAAAAACAGUAAGAGUUUUACAACCAUGAUAUCCCGUCCGGAUACAGCACUAACUGAUUUUAUAAGCAACCUAAAAGGAUACCUGUUGCACAAGUGCAGUGUUCUUCUACAGAAAAUCAAAGCCUGAGGCAAUGGCCUCACAGAAGUGGCGUACAGCGGGCAGUUUCUGGGAAGGACAUGGUUGCCAUAUACCAGAAUAGCCCAGCAUAUGGAUUCAAUGUAAGCUUUUUCGUUAGUUCAAUAACUACACAACAGUUCAAUAACCACGCCACUGUAGUUAAAUAACCAUGCAUUCGUUCAUUGGGCGUAAACUACGUGUAGCUGCGGGACAAAUAGCCACAAAUAGGUUCGAUUUUUUUAAAUGUAAAUGUGUAGCAUUAGUAUGUGGUAAAUACUCAUUUAGCAACGAUACAAGAAGCUAAAUCGAGAAAUAGCUAUGGUACAUUGUUAUUAAGUUCUAGUGAGCUCACUAAUGUUAACAGGAACAUAGACUGAUGGUAAUUUAAAAGUUAUAGUCUGCCAAGGUCUGUCAUUCUCAUCAGGGGUACAGUGAAAUAUUCCGGGCUAUUCUGGUAUAUUGCAACCAUGUCCUUCUUGGAAAUUGCCCGCUGUGCGCUAGUCCUCUCAGGUCAUUGUUUCUUACUUUGGAUUCCUGUGGAAGGACAUUGCACUUGUGCGACAAGUGUUCCUGGAAAGGGUGCUUGUAAAAUCAGUAAGGGGGGUUUCCUUGCGGGAUAUCAUGGAUGUAAAACUGAUUGAUUUUUUUGUAAGGUAUGUUAAUCAACCUCCAAAGACAAUAUCAUAAUGUGGAUUUAUUUUACCAAACUGCAAUUAAUCAUCUUUCCAUUUUUGUUGUAAAAGCCUCCUUGUACAAAGCAAAUUCUUUAAUUUUGUGUUUACUUUCCAUAAAAUAAAAAAGGAGAUUAAUAAAGGCAACCCUGCCCCUGCUCUCAUUAUCAUCCUUACUGUAAACCAUAGGAAAUACGAAAAGACCACCUAAAUCAUUUCGUAGCUUUGGAAGGGAAAAGCGUGCCCAGCAAAGGUUCCAUCGCAACACCAGCUUUCUCUGUCAAUUUAUGCACUUUAGGUAUCAGCUUCAAACCAAUAUAUAAUCAUCCAGAUUGGCCCCUAAAUUAAAGCUAAGGAAAUCUUUUCUUGUUAAAUGCCGUAUGAACGUUCUAAGUAUUAACAAAAAAGAAAGCCUGCAUGUUCUCCUUUACAAAAUUUACAUCCUCUACAGUUUAAAACCUUUUUAAAAAAAUCAGUGGUUAAGUGUCUGUAAUACUCCUGCUUUUUCCCUGACUUUGUAUUCAAAGACCAACCAAAUUUUUUUUUAUUGCUCUCUCGUAACACAUAAUUGUCAUCCCUAGACUAUUCUCACUGAAUAAUUAAUAAACGCAUCGUGAAGCGACCAGUAAAAUACUCUGCCGUGCUUAGGGACGCAUCAGUGCACCGCAGGCUCCCUCAAAAAUAUACUACACCACGUGGCUUUCAUUCCACUGUGUCACAGUUCCGACCGCCGAAACGACUUAUCAAGGUUUGUGCCACCCUCCUCCCUUGGUGUUGGUUGACAACUCCACACAUCUCGCGAUCUGUUCUUGCGGCCUACCUCUUUCCACAACAAUCCGCGGAUCUCUCUCUCCCAUAACUUAAAGUUUUACGAUGUGUUAAGUGGUAAACAGUGAGGAUAUAGUACUAUGUUUAGCAUUUAGCAGCAGGAAGAGAAAGACUAAGUUUAGGACAAAUGUAGAAUUGAAAACUUAACACUUAACACAUCGUGAAACUAAGUUAUGGGAGAGAGAUCCAUUCCUUGCCAUUCCCUGAGGCAGUAUGCUAUAACCUAGGUCUCCGUCCUUCCCCAAACAGCACCUCGACCUUAUAAUUUCAAUACCCAACACUCAACACCCGAUAAUCCAUAACUCGAUAAAGAUUCAGUUAUUAACUAACAACAAGUAAAUAUCCAAUAGAAAUGACAUAAAUAACUACCGUAGUGUACCUAAAUGAAUUUCCCUAAGUCAUGAAAGAUAUAAUUCAAAUAUACGAAAUUCUCUUCAAAUUCUCUUGGUCGGAGAGUUGCAGGGCGGGUGGAGAGCCCACAGAAGUGAGAUUGAGUGUAACCCGUUCUAUCAACUGCAAAGAAGUAGAAGCACUGGAGCGGUGCGUGUGAUACAAGGAAAUUUCUGUUCUCCGCCAAUCCACUUACAAGGCAAUCUGCUCCAGAGUACAACCCAACCCCUUAAGGGUGUAUGAAAUCCCUACACGAAAGCUGAGGGGUCUCUCCGUCAUUAAUGCCGGCGGCCUUAAGAUACUUUUUGAGUCGAGCAGAUACGGCUGACCCUCCAAACGGACGAUGUGCCACUAACGUUUUAUGAUCAGAGGAUCUUAAGAGUUUGUCACCCAGAAGCGGGACACCUAACGCCCCACAUGCAGCAAUAUAAUAGUUCAACCAAAAAACCGGGCAGACACAGGAGGUAUCUAUUGAGAGGAAAAAGCACAGAGCCUUCGGUUAUAAGCCCGCAAAGAUAGGCAAUUAAACGGGUGAAUUUGUCAUAGAAAGAACAAAGGGACAGCCUAACACAAGGAUGUGCCAACGGGUUACAAAACCCUGUACGGCCUAACCUGGCGUAUUGAAAAUCUCUCUAAGCUUCGCUAUAUAUGAAUCGACAGUUCCAGCCGCCAGACGCUUAGGGCAACUACAAGUCUUAGUAGAGCAUGAGCUUACAUGGAGUUUUUGGUUUCCCGCGGCAUCCAUGCUAAUCAAAACCUUUACGGUGUCUUCCGCUAUGGCAGCAGAAACUUUCUUUGGCGGUAUAAGAGAGCGUAAGAAACUCGAUAGCUGUACGUCUAAUGGAUCCUUUCGCCGAGCGAUUCUUGGAAUUCUGUAAGCGCUUCCAAGUUCAUCAAAGGCAUGUCUGCUUGUGGACGGGUCCCUUGCGUUGGCUCACGCGACUUAGGUUCACAGCAGGCUUGGCAAAAGUUCGCGUUACUUUCGUUUGGAUAAGAGCAGGCGGGACAUCUGUAGGCAGGCUUCCACGUGCUUUCGAUCUAUAGAGACAAGCAUAAAUACACAGCUUACCAGGAGCAGAUACAACGAAAAGCCCACAGAUCUUAUGGUAAGGGCCUGGCAAUGAAGGUAGCCUACGUGUAGCAGCACCCUCCCCCCGACAAAGGAAAAACGGAGAGAGGGAGCGUCUACGAAGGGCUGGCACGAAUCGUGUUAUGUGACGUCACUCCUAAUUUAUGCAAUUUAUGCAAAGUUUUGUACUUUUCCGCGAAGGAGGCGAGCUUGUUUAAGUAAACAAAGUACAAAGUACAAAGGAUAAUAAUCUAUUGCUGUGUAUUGGGCUAUUUUUUCGAGCUUAUUUGCAAUUCAAUUAAUGAAUUUAAGUGCACACUGUGUUUUAAAGAGAUUACGAAAGCCAACGAGCGAUUUUUAGUGAAGGCCCACUCUGGGACCUUAAGUCGCCGUAAUUUUCGGCAACUUAAAGCGAUUUAAGGCGACUUUAGGAAAAUUUAGUCAAAAAAGCCAACGAGCGAUUUUUAGUGAUGGCCCACUCUGGGACCUUAAGUCGCCGUAAUUUUCGGCAACUUAAAGCGAUUUAAGGCGACUUUAGGAAAAUUUAGUCAAAAUGUUGUGCGACUUAAGGCGACUUUACGCGACUUAAGGAGAAAAAGGUGGCAUUUAGGUGAAUUACAUGUUAGUGAAUAUGUUGCAGUUAACUUUUUAUUUCAGUUAACUUUGGGGUUUCCUUUGUUUUAACUUCAUUAGCAUACAUUAACCGCACCCAGAAACAAUGGAAAAAUAAAAAAAAUACUGUAAGAUGGUUUGUAGCAAAAACUUUAUAUUGAUGUGUCUUUUUUCAUAAUUUGACAACAACCAUUUAAGGAAUUAAUUUGAAACAUCUAAAAUCACUUAUCGAUAUCGCACAUCAUGGAAAUGACCAUCCCCAUUGUAUGUCUCGGUAGUUGCUCUGCCAAUGUUUGUCCUCACACGUUUGGCAAAGAGGGUGUUUUUCCAAGUGAAUUCUAAAUAUAAAGUUUGUAGCAAGAGAGGAUAAAGGGGACAGAGAGGGCAUCCCCCAUACACACCCUAUUCCAUAGGUAAUUCGUCUCGAGUUAUUUUUAGAAUCGGGAUGAAGUUACCUCGCGCGCUGCGUGGAUGUUUCGUGGAGGUUUCGCAUGACUGAACGCCGUGCAAAACAUGUCGGGCGAAAGGCAAUGAAAGCGUAAAGAGAUCGAGAGCAUUCCUGAAUAUUGAUGCGAAAUGAGUCGGCGCUCACCUGGGGAAAGGGAAUCGCUAGACUCUUUGACGACCCGUGAAAUCACUUUAACUCGAAGUUGUCGUAACCUCAGUGCUUUAAUAAAAUGAGAAAUUUCGCCGGUCUAUUGAAACCGGUCGUUUGUACCAUAAAGCAAGUAGGACGCCAAAUGUUAUUUUUGUUGAAUAAUAAAAGACUAAUAAAAGAAUAAAUAUCAAACCAGAAAUUGCUCUCUUCAAACUGUAAAUUAUAAAUGAUCCUCAGAGAAUAUUCAGUGUGUUAAGGAUUUCCCUGCUGUACUGUUAGCUCUAUACAAGAGAGGAAGGGCGAUUCUUUUUUAAUUUCCGUUUCGCUGACACAGCUUUAGCAGAAAUCGCUCUGUAGUCGUUUUCGUCGACAAAACGAAUAGCAAUAUCGCUCUCCGCGUCUUUCGCCAAUUUGUUCUGCGUCAAUUCGUGAAGGACGCGUGGCUCUGAGCGUGGGUCAUCCACGCGGAACACAUUCGCGCUAUGUGAUUGGCUGUUGUCUAACCCUCCUUGGGACCUGUGGUCUUAAAAAUAACUCGAGACGAAUUACCUGUGGAAUAGGGUGUGUAUGAGGGAUGUCUUCUCUGUCCCCUUUAUCCUCUCUUGGUUUGUAGUUCUCGCUGUAUAUAUUGCUCCUUUCAUGUCUCAGUCAAACAAAACACUUCCAAAUACAUGCUUUGCUAGUGAACCGUACUCUCUUCUCAUGGUCUCUUUGGAAACUUUCCAGUCGGGGCAAUUUCAUGAGUGCAUUUAUGCACCAUCAGAAACAACUAAGCUUAGCUUCAACCAACCUCGUUCUCAGCACAAAAGGAAGCAUUAUGCGUCGUGUUUAAGCCGAUGGCAGUACCAAGUGUAAACGUUUUCAUUAUUAUCUCAGAAAUUUCCAUUUAAAAGGAGAUCGAAAACGCAACGUACAAUUGACAACCAGAAGAGCGCAUUUCUAUCCGCCAUUAUGCUUCUCCCAGAAUUCCAGUGCAGUCGCAAGCUAAUUUCCAUUGUUUGUCCCGCCCUCUCCCCGCCUCCAGACCAGUUAGUCACGUGACCAAAGCACAUAACGUGGAGGAAAGAGCUGUAUUAUUUCGCUUUUCUAUGGUCUUCUUCAAUAAUGAUCGAUUACAUGAAAUCGUUUGGCAGGGAGCAAUCUCGCCAACGUAAACAGGGCGCAGUUUUACCCACCUUCGAUGUGCAAAGCUUGAAUUUCUGUCUGGAAGGGAGGACCUAAAGAGACGACUGUACAAGCUGAGCUAAGUGUUCAAGUUUAUAAGAGUGAUUGUGUUUCUGUCAAUGAUAGAUGGAUAUAAUUCGACGGUAAAUACCGAUCGGAGCUUGUGUGCUGGGGAAAUAACUCAUCAUUGGUUGCUCUUAAAAUCUGGGUCGGUAAUUUACAUGGACAUUAUUUUCGAUAGACCUUUAGGCUUGAAUUAACUUGUUUGCCCUACUUACCACAAAAUUUAGAUUAUUGUUGUGGUGGCAAUAAUUGUUUUUCUUUUUUCUCCCUACAACCUACCUGUUUUAAUAAUGUUACUUGGAAUAUCUUUCAAAGUUGGACUCUCACAAAGCAGUAGAAAAGAGACUUACUUUCUAAAUUAUAUUUUGUUUAGGGUGCAAAGAAAUUUAGCAUUACAGCUUGCUAUUCCGGCAAGCUGUACCUAGCAUGCACUGGCCUGAAAGCCAUUUUGACAAGCCCCAUUUUUUUAUGAAUGGGAUUGAUUCCAGUUCUUCUGUAAUCUGAAUUCCCUAAAAAGCUUUACUUGCCAGCCAGGCAAGUGAAAAACACAGUUCACCAGCCCAAUCAUAAAAUCCACUACCCUGUGGCUAAUAUUAUUGAACAUGGGUUAUUACACACUUAAUCAGAAAUCAUGCGUUCUGGAAACAGAAAACUAAAAAAGUACACUUGAACUACGAGACAAUUUGAACCUCUUUAAGAUUUUAACGAUUUAAAGUGACUUAAGGCGACUAAAGGCAACCUAAGGCGACUUUAGGCGACUUAAGGCGAUUUUAGGCGACUUAAGGUCCCAGAAUAGGCCUUAGUGACAACCAACAAGAAGAGUGCCUUCGACGUGUAGGUCGCUCUCGCGAAUUUGGAUUUCGCGGUGUACAGUGUGUCCAAGUACAUUUGUCGCCAUUGUCUUGGAAUUCUAAAGAAAAGACAAAACUUAAAACAGAACCUUAAAGAUCUGGAAGAAUGCAUGCGAAGGGAUUAUGCUGCAAGCGUGGAGUAAGCGGGAUUUGUUUUUUUGCCGAAAGAGUUGCAAGCGAGCUCGGAUUUUUCCGUGAAGCGGCCAAGGCUUGUAGGUCUUAAUGUAACCUCACUGCAGCAAGAUGUUUUACCGAUGCCAUCAUCUCCGCUGUACGUAUUCAUCGACGCCAAAAAAGCCAGCAAGUUCAACCGAGAGGCCGUCGUCAACAUCUGUGAAAGUACAAAUAGAGUGGCCAUCAAACAGGAUGAAUCGAAAAGUACCUGAGCAGCUGGAAUCUCUUGCCAAAAUGCUUAUUAGGGGUACCUAUAAGCAGAUUGCAAGUGCUACUUGGCGGUCGCCAAUUUUUAAAGAAAGAACUUCAGCUUCUUGUUCUAAAAGGCAUCGAUCGAGAAUGCACUGCAAUGUAUUCCAAAAAGGACGCUAGCUGUGUCAGGACAAAAACAAAUUGUUGAAGUUUCCUUUGACAAAUUCAACGAAGAAUUGUCCUCAAAAGCCCCAUUUCUUCACGCAAUUCUCUUGGUCGGUUGUGUUAACGGCAGACGGAAAAACUGUGUGUGGAAGCAGGCAGUUGGUAUGGCAGCAGCCAUUUGCCUUAGAAAUUGCUCCCAUUAUAUGAAUGGUGCACAGCUACUUCUUAGUAUAUUUGGAUAUCACUCCAACUGGAUGGUAAGGAAUGGCACGUUUUGAAAUUGAGUUCUAGUAACCGAGAAUUGAGAGUUGUUGUCAAUUGCUUGUAUCAAGAUGCUUACGCAUUAUUCUAUAUUAUUUUAGUAGUAUAGGAUUUUUUGGUUGUGUAUUACAGUUAAAAAGUCAAAGUGGAGCAUCAAAGACUAAUUGCCUAGUGAAUUUUUUAUUUAAAAUGUGGUGCUGUUUUCUAUUUUGUUUUUGUCAGUAUAAAAUUAUUUUAACCUUUUAAGUGUUUUUGGUGAUAUACAGUUUGUGUGGCUUGCUUGUUUAAUUUAAUAUUGUGUUCCUUUUUCAUGAUACUUACAAAGGCUACAAUGCGAAGAUUCAGCCCCUUACGUCUGAUUUCCCAUACCCACUUGUAUGCUAAGUUGGAAGAGUUCGGGAAAGACUACAAUGUGGCUACAACGAACCGAGUUGCUGAUGAGUGCCAGUACCAUGCACCACAGUCCUACUGCUCCUUUGGCACAGAACUCCCAUCUCGUAGUAACCGAGCAGUAGGUACGUAUAAGGCGAUGGAUACAAUUGCGAGUCUUAUUACACAAGAAAAAGUAGAACGCGGUCGAGCCCCUUAAAUAUCAGCUUAAAACUUCAUUCCAAAACUUAAGCGAUGGGGAACAGUUAAAGUUGUAAGAAAGGCUGCUGCUCCAGGUAACGGGGAGAAGCUCCUCGAGUCAAUGAUGUCUGUACAAAGAGAAAUAUUUGAUAUAUCAGCCCCCGAUGAUCUUGUGGUACUCAUGACUGCUUAUAAGAACGCGAAGACCAAGAAUUUAAAGAAACAGAUUCUGAGCCUUUACGCUAAUAGAUACCCUAUGACCAAGCUGAAGAAAAUUCACCAACCUUAUGAAAGUCUCUCUACAUGGGAAAUAAAGCAAGCACGUUCUCGUGCAAAAAUGCACGGCCCGGGGACCAUCCCUGAAAUCAAGACGAAGCAUCGUGCACGCCUUGAUAUGGGGAAGGUCGACCACUUUGUAGAAUUCAUUAAUAGUCCAUAUUUUUAUCAGCAUGUUUCAUAUGGUAACAAGGUACUCCCCCCAAAUAAUGGUGACAGAAUGGAGAUGCCUAACGUUGUAAGGAUCCUGACCAGGUCUACAAUGAUUGAGCAACACUUGGAGUAUUGCAAAGAGCAGUGUCACAAGCCACUUAGUAGGUCUACUCUGUUUAAAAUAUUAGAAGUUCGAGAAGCGUCUCAGCGUAAAUCGCUCCAGGGCUUAGACAAUACAGCUGCAAAUGGUGCUGAGGGCUUUCAGACUAUCGAGACGCUGGUUAAAACUCUUGAGAAAGGAGGAAUGGAAGAACAGUGGUGUCUACGUAUUUGCCGAAACCUACGCGGUGCUAAACGCUAUCUCAGAAGUGACUACCGUGUGCACUGUCAACAGUAUUACUCUACUUGA